UGCGUCAGCGGGCGCCCUAGGACGUGGUUGGGGUGAAUCUAUUAAUCACGUCAGGAGCUGCAGGUCUGGGCGGAGAAAGUGGAGGCUGGACUGAGAGAGAGAGAGAGAGAAAGAGAGAGGGAAGGGGUGUGCGUCUGGGGCUUCUGCACCUAUCCAUCUCUCCGACACCUCCUUCGAAUCAUUCCCAGUCCUGCCGAGUUCAGAGUUGCGCUGCUGCCCGCAAGGAUACACAGGAGGAAAGCGAAAGGCCGAGAGGGCUGGGAAGCUCCCUGAUCUGGCUCCCGGGACGAACAUCAGAUGACAGCUCGAGCACGCCGUGGGAGGGGAACCCCGCUCGGCCUUCGCCGCUAGAGAGCCCGUCACAGCGGAGCCAGCUGCGGCUUCCCCGAAAGGCGAGGAGUCGCAGAGCAGCGGCCCGAGCGCGGGAGCAACUCCAGAGAGACCGAAGCGCGAACCGCCGGCGGGGGGCAGAAGAGCGGCGGGGAGACUUGUCCCCCGCAGCCCGUCGCCUUGGCAAAGCCGAGGAGGGGCGCGCCGAGGCAGGGCUGGAAAGGGAAAGCCGGCGAGGGCCAGGGCGGUGCAAGGAGAGCUCCCCGCUUGGAGCUGAAGGCCGGACCGAGGAUGCUGCUGCUGCUCCCGCUGUGGCUGCUGCUGCCGGAGCUGGCGCUCCUGGCGCCGGCUCAGAAGUUUUCAGCGCUCACGUUUUUAAGAGUGGAACAAGACAAAGACAAAGAAUGUAGUCUGGAAUGCACAGGUUCCCCCCAGAAGUCCUUGUGUGCUUCAGAUGGCAGGACGUUCUUGUCUCGGUGUGAAUUUCAACGGGCAAAGUGCAAAGAUCCUCAGCUAGACAUUGCCUACAGGGGAAACUGCAAAGAUGUUUCACGAUGUGUGGCAGAGAGGAAAUAUACCCAGGAACAAGCACGCAAGGAGUUCCAGCAAGUAUUCAUCCCAGAAUGCAAUGAUGAUGGCACUUAUAGCCAGGUUCAGUGCCAUAGUUACACAGGCUACUGUUGGUGUGUCACCCCUAAUGGUCGUCCAAUCAGUGGUACAGCUGUAGCACAUAAAACUCCACGUUGCCCAGGAUCUCUAAAUGAGAAGCUGCCACAGCGUGAAGGUACAGGAAAAACAGUCUCCUUGCAAAUCUUUUCCAUUCUGAAUUCAGAUGAUGCCUCAGCUCCUGCACUGGAGCCUCAGCCCCAAGGAGAUGAAGAAGAUAUAGCUUCUCGUUACCCUACAUUAUGGACUGAGCAAGUAAAGAGCAGACAGAAUAAGACCAAUAAAAAUUCUGCAGCUUCAUGUGACCAAGAGCUUCAGUCAGCAUUAGAAGAAGCUAAACAGCCCCAGAAAGACAAUGUAUUUAUUCCAGAGUGUGCUAAUGGUGGGCUUUACAAACCAGUACAGUGCCACCCCUCCACAGGAUAUUGUUGGUGUGUCCUUGUUGAUACAGGGCGCCCCAUUCCAGGUACAUCCACAAGAUACGAACAGCCAAAGUGUGAUAAUGGUGCUAGAGCUCAUCCAAGGAAAACAAAAGAUGUGUUCAAAGGGCGCCAGCUGCAAGGUUGUCCUGGAGCCAAGAAGAAUGAAUUUCUGACCAGUGUUCUGGAUGCACUCUCCACAGAUAUGGUGCAUGCUGUCUCUGAUCCGGCAGUGUCUUCCAGCAGGCUUUCAGAACCAGAUCCAAACCAUACACUGGAGGAAAGAGUUGUUCAUUGGUAUUUUAAACAACUGGAUAAAAAUGCUAGCGGUGACAUCGGCAAAAAAGAAAUCAAGCCUUUUAAGAAAUUCCUGAGGAAAAAAUCCAAGCCCAAAAAAUGUGUGAAAAAGUUUGUGGAAUAUUGUGACGUGAAUAAUGACAAAUCUUUGACAGUUCCAGAACUAAUGGGUUGUCUGGGUGUAACAAAAGAAGACAACAAAGCAGAUACAAAGAAACGCCAUACAGUUCCCAGAAGACAUGCGGAAAGCACUCCUUCCAACAGGCAGCAAACCUCAAAGAAGCAAGGCUGAAUACUUCAUAUCCAAGGCAGAUCUCUCGGACAUGUGGGAGACUCCCUCACCAAAGGUCAAUAAGGAGCAACCAUAGUAUUUGCACUUUGUACUUUAAAUGUAAAUUCACUUUGUAGAAAUGAGAUAUUUAAACAGACAUUUUUUUAAAAAUCUGUGAAAAUGUAGUAACAGCUUAUUUUAAACAAUUACCACAUACAAUGUAUGUGUCUUUUUUUGUUGUCUGAAAUCUGUAUGU